AUGUCUACAGACCCCUACCAUGCGGUCCAACAAGAGAUACAGACAUCGCUACAGGCCGCGACACAGCUCCGGGCGUCCUAUAUUCGAAUACGAAACAUGAAAGGAGAAGGGGAGGAAGGAGAAGAGCUUGUGUGGGCGAGGAACGAAUUCAAGGCAAUCCUUGCAGCAUCAGAAGCCGAUCUAGAGGACCUGGAGGAGAGCGUCAAAAUUGUAGAAUCCACCGACCCCCGGAUGUUCGGCCUAACCCACGAAGAAGUAACGGAGCGAAGGCGAUACGUCGAGCACGCUAGGAAGGAGAUACAGGUAUGCCGUACCUCCUUGCCUGCACCUCGUAUGCGUGCGGGCGUCUCUGGCGGACGACCAGCUCCUGCAUAUACGCCCCAGCAGCGCGAAGACGAGGUUGAGGAUGACCAGAGUGCUUGGGCGAGGGAGGAGCAGCAGAUGAUGAUUAGAGAACAAGACCGGACAAUUGAUUCGAUAGCGGGGACGCUGAGCAAUUUGGCGCACCAGGCUGGGCUCAUGGGUCAGGAAAUCGUAGAGCAUACCGAACUGCUCACUGACUUGGAAUCUGGGGUAGACCGAACAGACAGCAAGCUUGGCAAUGCCAUGGGCCGCAUGAAGCGAUUCAUACGACAGUCGGAGGAACGAGGCAGUGGAUGGUGCAUCGUCGUGCUGAUACUCGUUCUGUGUAUCUUAUUGGUGGUGGUUAUCCUGAUAUAA